UGCCCAUAACAAACGUUGCCAUGACGAGAUUCCAUAAACAAUUCUUUAUUUACCUCUCUAUACUGGCACGAGCGGGCUCUUAUAAAAUAGAGUUAAAUGGGGAAUUAUUAUUUGACAUGAAAAUAUCAGACGCCGGCGAGCCUUUCGAAAGAGCCGCAGAAGAAAAUGGCAAGAUAUGGGAAAAGGAAUACAAAGCCCUGGAUAGUUCAUUGGAAAAAGGAGAGUCAAAAGAGUCAAACAAAGAGGGGAAAAUAACAGAAAGACCAACGAGUGAGAAAGUUGAAGAGUACAUCACGACAAAUCAAUCAGGAAUGACGGUAGCGCCGGUGGUGGAGUGUUUGUACCAGUAUCCAGACUUGGAGCAGUUCAAUGCCAUGUUGAGCAACAUGAUGAACGAGCUGACCAAGGUAUUCGUUCGCGUUCACAAGCUGAUGCACGAAGUCGAGGGCAGAAGGCGCCAAGAAACCAGGUUCAGGGUAGUCGCCAAGAAAGCCACCACUUACUUUGAGGGCAUUUACUCUAACAUGACGAAAGAAUACAGCGAAUUCUACAACAACAUAGCAGGUCACGUGGCCCGAGCUGGCGAAGACCCCUGCAACAACCAAGCUGAGCUCAAAGAAGUAUGGAGGAAGCUUCUAGAGCAUUCCCUGAGCAGCCUCCGCGACGCUGCCCAGUCGUGCAUCGAGGAGUUCCUCAGGUCCCAGAAUAAGAGCCACGACCGUAAGGCUAGGGCCAGGUUGGAACAGUUCCUGGCGAGGGAGCUGCAGAGAAUCAGGACUGGACAGCUGGACAUGCUGUGUGAUAGAUUCCAGCUUUGUUUUAAUGAACUUUUGUAAUACUGCUAUAAUUUUGCAGUUUUUGUGGUUUUUGUAUUAUUACUUGACAAAUAACAUAAUUAGAUACUUUUACAAACUUCCAUCCUUUAUCAAAAUUCACUUAUGUGAAUUAGGCGUGAAAACUUAACAGACAGACGGAUUUACUUCUCAUCAACAAUAAAAUUUAUCAUGAAUGUCUAAGGGACAUUGAUAUUUUAUAAAAUAAACAUAUUGACAGAGUAAAAUAAAAUGCAAUCUUUAAAAAACAA